CGUCACUCCCUCCUACACGCGGACCACCCCGACCACAACGUGCUGGGCACUCGUGCUGGCGCUCACUUCUUUUAUUCUGAUCUAUCGAUAUCACAAUCGUUGGAUUCUCCGACCGCGACCUCGAAAUCCAAACUCUGAAUGCUCCAGCUCCACUGUAAGUUGCUCUACACGCGGGCUAGUAUUGGUCUAAGCUUGCCCGCCGGCGUUUCAUCCUCCACUGUUCGCCCAGACACUACUACCACUACCUCUACCACUACCACUAACUUUACUACCUUACACUCUCACUCUCUCCCCUUCUCUCCCUCUCCUGAUCUUGGCUGUUCCUUUCCCUCCCCUCCCCUCCCCUCCCCUCCGUCCUUUGCUCCUCCUCCUUCUGGCUUCCUGCCCUCUUCCCUCUCGUUCUUUCGUCGUUCGUAUCGCAUUCUUCCCUCCUCGACCCCUCGUCGCUUUCGUUCCCUUCACCUUCCUUCUACUGCCGAUUUGAUAUCGUGCACCACGGCUAUCCUUUUCGCCCCUGAAAAUUGACAUCGCCCCUCGCUCAAUUAACACUCGCGCAACUAGGUCGCCAUUCGUUUGUGCCUUCCCGCCUUCUCGCCAUACCCUCAAUUUCCCCAGUCCCGUCUGCGCGCGUAUCCUUCUCUCGACAAACGUCACUCACCCACCCUCGACGCACCAUAGCUGUCGCUACCGUUUGCGCCUUGUCCCCCCCCUGUUCACUUCG